UAAAGUCAGCUGGAUCUUGGCUUGGUCUCUUCAAAAAGAUCAAGACGACAAGAAGAUACGUACGUUUCCUUGUGCCAGCUCAAGCCAAUUGAAAAAUUCAAAGAUGCCAAAUUGGGGAGGUGGAGCCAAAUGUGGUGCCUGUGACAAAACAGUCUACCAUGCUGAGGAAAUUCAGUGCAAUGGACGGAGUUUUCAUAAGACAUGUUUCCUAUGCAUGGGUUGCCGGAAAGCUCUGGACAGCACAACAGUAGCGGCUCAUGAAUCUGAAAUCUACUGCAAAACAUGUUAUGGGAGGAAAUAUGGCCCCAAAGGAAUUGGCUAUGGGCAAGGCGCCGGUUGUCUCAGCACGGACACAGGAGAACAUUUGGGACUGGAUUUACAGCAGCACUCACCAAAGCCAGGUCGUCCUUCUACCCCUACCAACCCUUCAAAAUUUGCCAAAAAGUUUGGAGAUGUGGAAAAAUGUCCUCGUUGUGGAAAAUCAGUGUAUGCUGCAGAGAAGAUAAUAGGAGGAGGAAAGCCUUGGCACAAGACCUGCUUCCGAUGUGCUAUUUGUGGGAAAAGUCUAGAAUCUACAAAUGUUACGGACAAAGAUGGAGAGAUUUAUUGUAAAGUUUGCUACGCAAAGAAUUUUGGCCCUAAAGGAAUUGGAUUUGGUGGCCUCACUCAAGUUGAGAAGGUGGAAUAAGAUGCCAUGUUGAUAUCUCAUUUAGGCUAUCUAAAUAAGUAACCAUUAAAAGUU